UCGUGUACCAUACGCAGUAGUACACGUGGCGAUCUUACUGAUAACAAUCUUCUUCCUCCUCGCAGGAGAAGCGGCAUCGAAAUGGCGAAGUUUUCGGUUGGUGGAGAGGAAGACGGGGAGGACGGAUCCAGUACCAGUAGCCCUAGGGCGAAGAGGAAGAGAACCUCUUUUCGCAUCAACGCCGUCGUUAAUUUUCCCCGGCACAACCGACAGCGCGAAGAAGGGGAAGAACAGGGUUUCGAUUACUGUAAGGAAGAAACUGCGAGCGAUGAAGAGCAGAGAAAGCGCCAUCGAAUUGACGAAAUAGAGGAACAGGUUGGAGAGGACGGUACCGAAAAAGCGCUCUGCUCGGUUAAGUCCUGCUCUAAAAAUGUGAAGGAAAAUGGCUCCAUUUCGAUGUUUUUGAUCGACCCUGAAGUGUUGGAUUGCUCCAUUUGCUGUGAACCCUUGAGUGUCCCCAUCUUCCAGUGUGAGAAUGGGCAUAUUGCAUGCUCUUCCUGCUGCAACAAACUUAAGAAUAGAUGUGCAACCUGCUCUUGGCCUAUCGGCUAUAAUCGUUGUCGGGCCGUGGAGAAGGUUCUUGAAUCCAUUAGACUACCCUGCAAACAAUCAAAGUACGGAUGCAAGGAGAUAGUUAGUUAUGGUAGUGAAAGUGACCACGAUAAGAAAUGCCUACAUGCCCCGUGUAAAUGCCCUCUUUCUGAUUGUAACUUUGUUGCCUCAUCCAAGCAAUUAUCACUACAUUUCAGCAGUAAACAUACAGACUCUGCUAUCAGCUUUCAGUUCAGUUCUAGCUUCACCAUUUGCCUAAACGCUAACGAUAAUUACUGCGUUCUUCAAGAACAAGGUGAUGGUAUCCUUUUUAUUCUCAGCAAUAGUUUUGAUCAUCUGGGAAAUGCUGUUAAAGUUUGCUGCAUUAGGCCUCCUUCCUUGAAGGAAGCAUUUUCUUAUGAUCUACGAGUAGAAACUCAAGAUCUCUCACUAGUUUUACAAUCUUCCAUGAAGAACAUUCGAUCAUCAUCAGAUUGCUAUCCCUCGACGAGGUUCCUUUUGAUUCCACGCGAUUUGUUCAGUUCUUCAAGCAAGAUCAAGUUGAAUAUCUGCAUAUGGCAAAACACCGGUGGUGCACCGUAGAUAAAAUGCGUCGGUGAGUCAACAAGUAAAUAUCGUGCUGUUUAUAUGAAUGUAUAUAUGUCAGUGUGCAUAUUGUGUAUAUGUCAUGGAAAUAAGGUCAGUCUUAGAAGCUCAGUUAUGCUGCAUAAUUUGUAUAUAACUGCAGUUUCCGAUUUCGUAAGUUUAUUCUAACUCGUUCGGUCCGUGGUCUGGGAACUCUGUUGUGUUAUAUUACCACUACUUAAUGAACUCUUUCAGAUGGAACCUGUUCGUGUUUGAA